AUGUCCGCCAGCUCCAAAAUUCCCAUCGAUCUUGCCACUCUCAUCACCAAGGCCAAUGAUGCCAUGCGUUUCUGCGACCAGCUCUUCGAACUCGGUGUCGACAUCAGCAAGCAGCUCAAGCAAUGCAAGAAACUGUUUGGUUUAGGUGUCGAGAUUACACGGUCUCCUGGCCACGUCUUCGGCAACAAGAGGCUGGAGGACUUGCUUUUCCGUCUCAAGCAAGUCUUCGAGUGCCUUCAGAAGGCUCACCUCAGCACUCAACCAUUCGGAGAUUAUCAUAUCGUUCCCAAGGCUAAGGCGAAUGCUGCUACUGGGCAAGCUGCUGCUUCAUCUGCAGCUGAUGGGAAGGCCAAGGCCAUGGCCGCUAAGAAGGGAAAGAAACUGCCCAAGUCGAAGGCCAUCAUUGAGGACUCCUCAGACGACGAACCUCCUGCUCUAGUUGCAAUCGAGGAGGAUACUGUGAUGGGUAAUGCCGAUACUCCCUGCACCAUCCUGGACACUGAUACAGUAUCUAUCUCUUUUCUAGCUGCCAUUGUGUGCACUGCUGAUGAAGUCAUUGCUUGCCUUCAGCAGAUGUCCAUUGACGACGAGGUUGAGAUCAUGGUCAACAAGGAUCCCAGCUCAGGCAACAUCGUCGAAGGGCACAAGGUGCUUCCUAAGUUCAAGAAGAACAAAGUCAAAGAGGACGCGUGUGCGGAGGUAAUUUUCCUUCCUUAUGCUGAGGUACCCGGUAUGGACUUAACUUCCAAGGAUUACCACCGUGCAGAGGCUGUCGUAGCGAAGGCAGCUGCUCAUGAUGCUGCUACUCAAGCUCGCAAGCGUCCUAGGGCCUCCAACAACUUUGCUUUUAACGAUUCUGCGUAUUCGAUGGCAGCGGCCGAGUUAGCUCUCAACAACAAGAGUACUCAAGAAACUCUGGCAAUCACCGCCAAACUGAUCGCCGAGGGAGGCUCUGUCAAUCCCAGCGAGACUGUUCUUCAUUCACGGGAGGCAGACCUUCGCAAUGACAUUAUCGCGACUGUCCAUCGCAUCGAGUAUCUAAUUCAGUAUCGUCAAUUUGUCGUCAAUCACCAUGGUCAAGUUAUCAAGGCACUCAAGAGGCGGGCCGCUGCCGAGGACAAUGCUUGUGAGCAUUGUACUGACAACGACGUCUCUGACUGUCUCUCAACAACUGCCACAGAAUAUCACUCCAAGUAG